ACACUCCACCCCCACCCCGCCCCCAUGUCACCUCUCUCACAGUCUUUCAUCUUCUCUCCCUCAGUAGGGUUACGCUUCAGUUACCCAAAGGUGGGGACAUUUCCUGAUGCAUUCGCAACACUGAGUAGUUGUUUCAGGAGAACGUUCUGAGCAGCAGGCCAAGAAAGUCAGUGAACACCUGGGCUAGUUGGGCCUCCCUGCCAGGGGAGACACCCCUCCACACCCCUCCCAGCCUCGGAGUCUCCAGGCAGCGCUCUCAGCCUUCUGGCUUCCCCCGACCAUGUCCCUGGCUGAGGCCAUCAGCCUGUGGAAUGAAGGCGUGCUGGCGGCUGACAAGAAAGACUGGAAGGGCGCUCUGGAUGCCUUCGCUGCUGUCCAGGACCCCCACUCCAGAAUUUGCUUCAACAUCGGCUGCAUGCAUACCAUCCUGGAAAACCUGCCAGAGGCGGAGAAGGCCUUUACCAAGAGCAUUAAUCGAGACAAGCACUUGGCGGUGGCUUACUUCCAACGAGGGAUGCUCUACUACCGGACAGAGAAAUACGAUUUGGCUCUUAGAGAUCUGAAAGAGGCCUUGACACAGCUUCGAGGGAACCAGCUGAUAGACUACAAGAUCCUGGGGCUGCAGUUCAAGCUGUUUGCCUGUGAGGUAUUAUAUAACAUCGCAUUCAUGUAUGCCAAAAAGGAGGAAUGGAAAAAGGCUGAAGAAAAUUUAGCAUUGGCUACAAGCAUGAAGUCUGAGCCCAGACAUUCCAAAAUUGACAAAGCCAUGGAAUGUGUCUGGAAGCAGAAGCUGUAUGAGCCGGUGGUGAUCCCUGUGGGCAGGCUGUUUCGACCCAAUGAGAGACAAGUGGCUCAGCUGGCCAAGAAGGAUUAUCUGGGCAAGGCUACGGUGGUGGCAUCUGUGGUGCAUCAAGACAGCUUCUCUGGGUUUGCCCCUCUUCAACCACAGGCAGCUGAGCCUCCACCCAGACCCAAAACCCCAGAGAACUUCAGGGCUCUGGAAGGGGAGGCUCACCGUGUGCUGUUUGGGUUUGUGCCUGAAACAUCGGAGGAGCUCCAGGUCAUGCCAGGGAACAUAGUCUUUGUCCUGAAGAAGGAGAAUGAUAACUGGGCCACGGUCAUGUUCAACGGGCAGAAGGGGCUUGUUCCCUGCAACUACCUGGAACCUGUUGAGCUUCGGAUCCACCCUCAGCAGCAGCCCCAGGAGGGAACCUCUCCAGAAUCUACCAUCCCUGCUCCUCCCAGUUCCAGUGCUCCAAGAAGACCCCACUUGUCACCAGGUCAGAAACCAAAAGACGAGCCAAAGGAAAUAAAGCUCCCUGUGCCCAAGCCCUACACACUCAAGGUGCACUACAAGUACACCGUAGCCAUGGAGACUCAGCCUGGGCUCCCCUACAGCCAGGUAGUGGACAUGGUAGCUAAGAAACUGGAGCUCCUGCUAGCACAUACUAGGCUGAGCUACAAACCUCAGGACAGCAGUGAACUGGUGCCCCUUUCAGAAGAGAGCAUGAAGGCGGCCUGGGGCCACGUGAAAAACUACUGCCUGACAUUGUGGUGUGAGAACACAGUGGGUGACCAGGGCUUUCCAGAUGAACCCAAGGAAAAUGAAAAGUCUCAUGCUAACAACCAGACCAUAGAACCUCAGCUUAAGGAAGGGAGCCAAGUGGUAGCCCUCUUCAGUUAUGCGGCUACCCAACCAGAGGACCUAGAGUUUCUGGAAGGGGAUGAGAUUCUGGUGCUAUCGGAAGUGAAUGAAGAAUGGCUGGAAGGAGAGUGCAAAGGGAAGAUUGGCAUUUUCCCUAAAGCUUUUGUUGAAAAACGUGCAGCUCCUGCAGAGGUCUAG